UCCCAGGUGCUGCCCCCAGCACAGCCUUUGCUAUGGAUGGCUUGAAUGUCUCCAUUGCUUUCUUUUUCCUGGUUUUUGGGGUGUGCCAGGUGCUCAGGUGGCUUUCCAAGAGGUUUCUGUCCCCUGGAACACAUGGCUGCCUUGCCAGGGAAUUUGCUGGCUCGUUCCAGCUGUGCACGAGCUGCCUUGAGCUGAGGAUGCUGAUGGAGAUCGGCCCCUGGGGUGGUGGCUUUGGCCUGGACGUGGUCCUGACCCUGCUCUUCCUCCUCUCCGCUGUCCACGGCGCCUCUUUGGACGGAGCAUCCGCCAACCCCAGCGUGUCUCUGCAGGAGUUCCUGCUCCUGGAGUGCAGCCUGGCAGCCACGGCGGCCAAGCUGCUGGCCCAGGCCGUGGGUGCAGGGACAGGCUGGGCUGCCACACGGCUCUGCUGGUCCUGGGAGCUGACCCAGCUGCACUUCAUCCAGAACCUGAUCGCGCCCGAGUGCAGCUCCUCCAUCCACACCUCCUUGCCCCACGCCGCCUUUGUGGAAGGCUCCUGCUCCUUCCUCUUCCACCUCGUCCUCCUCAAGGUGCGACAGAGUCACCCCCUGUACCGGGUCCCUGCGCUGGCAGUGACUGUCACCGUCCUGACCUACACAGCUGGACCAUACACGGGAGCCUUCUUCAACCCUGCCUUGGCCACGGCCACCACCUUCCACUGCUCGGGGAGCAGCUUCUGGGACUACAUCCAGGUUUACUGGCUGGGGCCCCUGGCAGGGAUGCUCGCUGCCCUCCUGCUGUUCCAGGGCAACAUCCCACGCCUCUUCCAGAAAAACCUCCUCUACAGCCAGAAGACCAAAUACAAGGUGCCCAAGGUAAAGGUGACAGCGCAGGUGGAGGGUGACAAACCACAGAGGAAGAGGAAAGGGGGGAAGAGCAGCUCGGAGCCCCGUGCCUGAGCCCGAGGUCCCGGCAGCCCUUUUCCUGGGAAAGCGUUUCCCGGUGUGGAGGAUUUUGCAGCUCGUUCAGUCCUUAAAGCAUCACAAAGGAACCCUCGCAGGAUGCCCGAGCCCCUGAGCUCCUUUGGGAAUUGCUUUGAAAGCCUCCCUGGAGAGCCCGAAAUGUUUCAAGCCCACGCUGCUGCCUCAGAGAGAAAACACGGAACACUUUUGCAUGAAUUGCUGGUUUUCUUGUACUGCCAGGAAUCUUACAGAUUGCACUGUGCAAUGCCUGCAAUAACCCCACUGGGUCUCUUGCAGCACUAAAAACAAAGUUUAAGCCAGUAACUGCCUUGGACACUUGGGUUGGGGUGGAAUCAGGCUUUGAUAUUUUGACUUAUUAAUGGAUACUGGUUAAAAAUUGGUGGGUUUUGAGUUAAACUUGACCUGAAGUCCUUGAAUUGCACAGGCUGAACCUGGCAAGUCUUGGAGAGGCAUUAAAAAUCUCCAAGGCAGGAGAGUUCACUGGCCACGGGAGAACCUGCUCCUCUGGGAAUGUGCUUAGCCAGGGUUUUGGUGCUGUAAAGCAUCAAGAAAUGGUGUGCCAAGGGUCUGUUGUUGGAAAAAACCAAGGAGACCCAGGCAGCUGCUGUGCAUCCUUAGACCCUGCUCUAUGUCUACGUGAAAUACUCCUAACUAUAAAAUUACAGUUUGGGGGGGAAAAGAAAUAUAAAAUGCUGUGGUUGGCA